AUGCUGCAGCACGAAGUAGGUCGCGCGUGGCGCAGCAUCCCAUGGAACGACGUGCUCGAGCAGCGGCUAAGCGCAGACAAGUACUUUAUGCGCAGCGGCUUGAUCCGCAAGGAUCUCUUGCCGUUGUACGCACAGGACGUAAUGCCGUGGACGCGUGUCGUUGGCUCGUACGACGAGCUCGUCGACGCCUUGUCUAACGACACGCCAAAGAACGACGAUGCGCCGCCGCUGCGAUACGUGCUGAAGCUCUGCGACUCGAGCAACGCGUUCGGCAUCUUCUUCUUUGACGACGCGUCGCUGACCUACGAUCUCUUCCUCGACAAGCAAAAACGAGUCGUUCAGCGGUACAUUUCGCCAUGGCUCGGGCACCGCCAUCGCAAGUUUCAUCUGCGGGUCCUCGUCUUGGCGGUCGGCCACCUCGACGUCUACGUCUUCCACGACGUCCGCGCGCUCGUAGCGACGGAGGCGUACCGCGACGAUGCGCUCGACAACCCGCUCGUGCACGUGACCAACUUGAGCGCCAACAAGGAGGCUCCAACCUACAAUGAGGCGGCCCAGAAUCUGGCGCUUUCGGACGUGACAGGCCUCGACCACGACCAGAUCCUCGACCAGAUUCACGCGAGCGUCCGCGUUGUGUUUCAGAAUCUGACGCGCGCACGGAACCGGCGUCACUUCUUCUCGCUACCCAACUGCUACGAGCUCUUUGGGUGGGACUUUAUGGUCGACAGCGCGGGUCGCGCUCUCCUCCUCGAGGUCAACCCCGACCCCUCGCUUCGCAUGUACCAUCACGGCGCGGCCAUCGUACCACUGGACGUGCUCACGAAUGGCGUCCCGCCCAACACGUUUACACGCGUCUUCUCUCUCCAAGCCGCCAAGGCGCUGGCGUCCCUUCGCCGUCACACGUCGUCCUAA